GACAUGUGCACACAACACGUCAUUGUAUCGGCCGGCACUUGUGAAAAGAAUCAGCUGUAUCCGUGAACAUGCCCGCAGCAAAAUCGCACUUCAACGUCCAACAUCUGCUACUUGUAAACUGAUGUUUUUGCGGAGUUUACUACCCAAUGGAAGGUUUUGAGGAGGACUCCUUUCAUAUAGAAACGUUGGAAAUUUCAGGUGCUUCGCUAGACUUUGAUCAUGCAGAACUCUUGUUGAAAGAGCAGAGUCCAAGUCGGACUAAGAAGUCUCCGGCUAAGACGCCGCCAAGCCAGGAGAAAAAGUUUUUUACCAGAAGGAUUUCCGAUCUACGAGAGGAGGAUCAUGCAACAAAAGUUGCGUCUACGUCUGGACACUCCACACCGGAAGACGAAUACGCAUCCCCGUUUGAUUUUAGCACAAAGGGUCUUUAUGAAAAUUAUUUAUUCCUAAUGCCGGACCAUCCAGAAUCGCAAAGUGACGAUCCACACUUGGGUGGGGAUGGUCAGAAAUUGCAGGGUUACAGUCAGAAAUUACAAGAUGAGCACACCUAUGACAACAGGGACAGCGCCUACUCGACCCCUGACCCCACGCAGGACGGCGACCCCCUCUACCAGGACCCGACGGACCUGCAGGAUGAACAGGAGAAGGAACAGAUCAGAGCAGAGCUGCAGAAGACUGAAGAAGAGAUUAAGACCCUGCGGCAGGUGUUGGCCUCGAAGGAGAAGGCCGCCGCGGACCUGAAGCGACGUCUUGGCAUCACACCUCUGCGGGAGUUCAAGGACGGAGCCUCCAAGACUUGGCAGAACGUCCAGUCUUCCCAGGCUUUUCAGAAAACCAAUGACAAAUUGGUGGAAUGGAAAGAAAAAAUGGAGACCUCCGAAACGUACAAGAAGACAUCAGAGACCCUGUCUGUUGCCGGCCAGAAGACGGCCCAGGCCUCUGUCGCCGCCUGGCAGUCUGUGUCACGCAAGCUGGGAGAAGUCAAGAACUCUCAGUCAUUCAAGUCGUUUGAAGAGAAGGUGGGGAGCACUGUCUCAAACCUUAAGGCCGGCAUGAUGUAUGUUCUGCCUGAAGGUUUCCCUUUCUUUUUUGCCAUCACUGACACGCAGAAGGGACGUAGGCUAACCUGGGUGAGGUAUUAGCGUUUCGAAAGUGACGUCGCCACGCGAGCCCAAGCCAACCUUCGAGGACGUUCUCAACAGCACGGCGAACGCAGACAAGGAAGACGAGUCCCAAAACGCCCCCCCUCUUCCUGAAGAGAAGGUGCCCCUUUAAAACAGCACCAACAACAUCCUCUCAUAUUCCAUAGUCCAGUUAAUUAAAACCCAGCGUAGGAUCACCGUGGGUUUGCUACUCCAAGAUAUGUAUGUAAAUUCAGUAAAUAUAUUAUUAUGUAUAUGUAUAUCUUAAGGAAGAAAAAUGAAAAAUACGGACCUUACCGAGCUUUACAAUUACUUUAAAGAAAACUUGGGGUAAGAAAAAUGAGAAAAACGAGACUAUUGGUAGUUAUGACAGUUUGUCUUUAGAGCAAGUACAGUAUUUUGGGGUAAGAAAUAUGAUGAGGUGUUUUUUCUUGGGGACCGUACUGCAAUUAUUGCAAAACUUUAAGCUCAGUUAUGAGAUAGGUAGUAUCUUGUCAGAAGUGCACUAUGCGGCAAGAGCACUAAAAAACUGUGUGACUGUUUAUCUUUGGCUUUGUGGCAUUGAAUGCCCAUGUAAUGAUAGAAAAUAAGCUAAGCACAAUGUUAGUCUGUUAAGGGGAAGGAUUAGAAAAGAUAAGGAAAAUGUUACGGAAAAUCAUUGAGGACUACUAAUUAUUGGUUGUGGUAUUUUCUGAGGUUUGGGUGGGCAUUUCUGAGGGAGGGGGAUGGGUUUGAAAAAUGGUUCAGUUUAUUCAAUUUUGAACAAUUUGAGGCUCGUAAUGCUUCAGAUACAACUACAUGUAUCUUGAAUACCACAGUCUAGUAAUAUCAUCAUAUGUGCUGCAAUUGUGGUCAGUCUUUGGUGAGUUAAGGUUUCACCAAGCUUUAAAACCGAAGCAAAAGUUCUAAUAGUACCAUUCCUUCAGCCAUGUUACAGUGAAGAACUUUCAAGUUAUCGUGUGGUGUAUGUUGCACUUGUAUCGCUCAGACUUAGUGAAGGGCCACUGUGUUACUGUGGAAGGUUAUGCAGUAGAUUUAUUGCUGUUCAUGCGUACAAAUAUAUUGGAAGAUGCAAUGCAA